GCAGGGAUACCACAGAAGUUGUGUGUUGCAAGCGAACAUCAGGCAAGAUGGAGAAGAACGUGUGUAUGUUACUCGCUGUCUCCUUGUGCCUGAGUUUGGUGUGCACUGCUGUUGUUCCUCCCACCAUGCCCCCAAUGUGCCUCAUGGACUGUCUCUCUGAAUGGUUUCCAUGUGAGUACGAUUGCAGAAAAGAGUUCGCACAUAUACCGAGUGAACUGAGAAGUUGUGCCCUUGAAUGUGAAGAAGAUCGAGCAAUAUGUAUGAAAGAGUCUAUUGACCCAGCCUGCAACAAUAAUAGAGCAAACAACCAGCGCCAUUUGCAAUUCAAGACAACGAUAUGAUAAUGUGAUACAUUAUCUUUUGUGAUCAAUGAUUUUAUUUAGCUAUAUUCUUUUAUCUUCAAAUCUGGUAGUUAUAAUCAUAACAGAUACUUUUGAUUUUGAUUAUUUUUACGAUGUUUGCAUAACUACCAUUGUCAGUUUAAAAUGAAAUGUAUCCUAAAUAAAAUGAAUUUAUCACAAGUUA